AUGCCAGCAAGUUUCAAGGAAAAUUUUCCACAGACAAGGGUAGUCAUUGACUGCACGGAGAUGUUUAUUGAGAUGCCAUCUGCACCAGUUACUCAAGGAGUCACAUUCUCCUCAUAUAAGCACCACAAUACUGCUAAAGGACUUGGUAUUUCACCUGCAGGAACUCUCACGUUUGUGUCAGAACUUUAUGCUGGGAGGACAUCAGAUAAAGAGCUAACAAAUGAUUGUGGGAUUCUUAAAUUGCUAGAGGAAGGAGAUCAGAUUAUGGCAGAUAAAGGUUUUCUUAUUGAGGAUUGUCUGCCAGAUGGAGUCACAUUAAACAUCUCCCCUUUUUUGAAAGAUCAGAAUCAGCUAUCCAUGCAUUGA